AUUUGUUGAAAAUGGCGAAAAAGGAGUGCAACAUUUUGAUUCUCGGCGAAACGGGGGUUGGAAAAUCGACGUUUAUUAACGCAUUUUCUAAUUACAUCAAUUUCCCGACGCUUGAUGAUGCGCUCGAAGCCGAAUCAAUUCACGCUUUGAUCCCAUCGAAAUUCACAAUAACCGAUGCGAACUUUAACACCCACAUCAUCGAAUUUGGCAAUGACAAGAAUGAGUCGUUCAAUCUUGGGGAGUCAUCCACCCAAACUUGUCGAUCUUAUUCGUUUGAAACCGACGAUGUUAUCAUUAGAUUAAUUGACACCCCUGGUAUUGGAGACACGCGGGGUGUCACUAAAGAUCAAGAAAAUUUCGAGAAUUUACUCCUCUAUUUAGGGGAAUUCACCGACAUCAACGCGAUUGUUAUCAUGUUAAAACCGAACGAUUCAAGAUUAACCGUUCUUUUCGAAUAUUGUAUUAAGCAGUUAUUAUCUUCGCUAGAAAGGAGCGCCAUUGAUAACAUCGUCUUUUUAUUUACAAACGCAAGAGCUACGUUUUAUAACCCCGGCGAUACGGUUGGCCCUUUAAGACAAGUUUUAAAAGAAAUUAAAGAAACACCUCCUAACAUGGACAUCCCUUUCACCCAAACAAACACUUUCUGCUUGGAUAACGAAGCGUUUCGAUUCUUAUUGGCGAAACUUCAAAACGCCGAAUUUUCGGAUCGAAUUAAAAGAUCGUUUUAUGAUAGCUGGGAUAACUCGGUGAGCGCCUCAAAACGUUUAUUACAAUACGUGGUGGGUUUAAAACCACAUAAAAUACAAAAUACGAUUUCCGUGAUGGACGCUCGUCGCUCGAUUGAGCGUUUAAGAAAACCGCUGAGUGAGAUUUCGGUUUUAAUCGAAAACAAUUUGAGCCGAAUCAGCCGUUUAGAAGCAAAUUUAACCGACACAACGAAAAGUAUCGACGAUUUAAAACCAUUUUUGUACGUGCCGAGGAUUAAAUUGAAACUCAUCGAGUUUGAUUAUCCCAGAACGGUGUGCACGAACCAAAAUUGCACGGAAGCUCACACGAUAAGCGACACAACGUCUUAUCAUUACAAACAAGUGUGUCACGACCACUGUUAUUUAGAAGGGAUAAGAAGAAAUAUUGUUGGUGAUGUAGGUUUGCAGAAUUGCUCUGCGAUGACUUCGAGAAAUGGUAAAAUGGUGUGUGUUUGGCCGAAAUGUGGUCAUACGUAUCUCGAACAUAUGCACAUUUAUUACACAACGGAACCUUACGAAGAAACGAUGAAAAACGUAGAAAUCGAAACAAAAAUAACAACGAAAUUAAGCGAGAAAGACGUUAUUCAGAAGGAAUUGGAACGCUAUCGAAGCGAACGGGGGGAAUUUGAAAAGGAAAAGGACAUCAUUCAAAAGGCAGUGGCUAAAUUCGCCCAUUUUUUGAGCAAUAGCGUCAUACUUCCAUUCAAUGAUGCUUACAAAGAGUAUUUGCGCUAUUUAAUCGAGAAAGAAAAAAAACUUGGAGAUCUAGCUAAACCAAAAGUAAUCCAAAACUACGAACAAUUAAUAAUGCGCUACGAAUCAGAAAAGCAACUCUUAAUGGAAGAAUUAAAAAAAAUUCAAGCUGUCAAGAAGGACGUUAAGAGUGUUGUAACCGCACCGGAAAUAAUGAAUAUCGUUAAGGAGUUGUACGGUUUGAAAUUUUCCGGGAAAAUAAUCAAAGAGAUGUACGACGCCCAACAAAAGCACAUUGAACACGAAGUGGUGAAGAGAUCUGAAAAAGUUGUGAAACCGAUUCCGGUUAAGAGAGCCGAUGGAUCAUUUCUUGGUAACGCGUUUAAAUAUUUAGCCGGUUCAUGGUUUAAAUCAAGCGAUGACAAGAAGAAAUCUAAUACAACACCACCACCAAGCGUUCCAAAAAAAGGUGUUAAUUAAUAAUUGAAAAUAUGUAUCAAUAAAAAUAAAUGAAUUAAAUUAA